GCAUUCCAUCCCCCCUCUCCCCACCCUCCGCAUUUAAAAUUCCAAUCCGUCUCAUCGACCUUUCCAUCCCCCAACUCUCCACAAGCAUCAAUCGCCGCCGCCGCCGCCGCCACCUCUCCCCGUCUCCAUCUCCAUCCCCGAGAACCAUUCCAAGAAUAGCAGCAGCAGCAGCCUCCGGUGAGCUUGACCAGCAACAGGAACCCAUGGCCCUCCGCGCGCUCGACAACACGAUGCCCGCCGUCGUCGAGGAGCGGCCCAAGAAGGUCGCUAAGGUGGCCGUCCCCGCCCCCGCCGCCGCCGUCAAGGCCGCCUCCCCCGGGAGCGGCAAGAAGAAGAAGAAGAACGACGAGAACUCGGCGCCCAGGGCCACGGCCGCGGCGGGGGAGCAGGCUGUGGAGUACAUCCCGUCGGCGGAGCUGGAGGCGGCGGCCCACCCCAAGGCCAAGGCCGCGGGGCUUGUCGCGGAGCUGGACUCCAAGGACUGGAUCCGCGCGUGCGAGGCGCUCAACGACGCGCGCCGCCUCGCGAUCCACCACUCCGCGCUCCUGAACCCGAUCCUGGAGAAAGUGAUGCUGGCGAUCGUGAAGACGAUGAAGAACCCGCGCAGCGCGGUGCUGAAGACGUCCAUCAUGGCCUGCACCGACAUCUUCAACUCCUGCGGCAACCUCCUCUCCUCCGUCUCCGACGACGCCUUCGACAAGCUGCUGCUGCAGCUCCUGCUGAAGGCGUCCCAGGACAAGCGGUUCGUGUGCGAGGAGGCCGAGAAGGCGAUGCGCGCGAUGGCGGCGUCGAUGCCGCCGCUCCCCCUGCUGAAGAAGCUCAAGGCGUACGUCCACCACGCCAACCUCAGGGUCAGGGCCAAGGCCGCCGUCGCCAUCUCCCACUGCGCCGCCAGGAUGGACAUCGAGGCCAUGAAGGAGUUCGGGAUGUCGGCGCUCCUCCAGGUGGCAGCGGAGCUCCUGAACGACCGGCUACCGGAAGCCAGGGAGGCCGCCCGCAGCGUGGUGGGGUCGAUGCACGGCGCCUUCGCCAAGGAGGCCGCGGCGAGGGGGGAGGAGGAGGAGGCGGACGCGCCCACCGUGGCCGCCUCCUGGGAGAGCCUCUGCUCCCUCAGCCUGCCGCCCAUCUCCGCGCAGGCCGUCGUCAAGAUCGCCUCGUCGUCGCAGACUCGUGCAUUCCGAUGGGCCAGUGACGUUGAGAUGGGCACCGAGCUCAUCCGGCAAACCCCAGCCAACCCCAAUCUUCUCGAUCGCCAAACCUCGAGUGAGCGAUUGCUUCAAGGAAUCGGGGAUCCUCCUCCUCUUAUCCAAUAUAUCCGAGCCCCGUCGGCGUCACGCAGCUUUCGGCCGCUUACUAGUACUUGCACGGCGGGUGCUGCCCCCGCCCUGUUCGUGUUGGACGGACGCAGUGGGACUGGAGGCUGCUUGGGUAGUGGGGGAUCCAUGGACGGAGGCAAGAAGGUUGAGCGGCCGCACGGCGAUGCCGCCGAGGAGGAUCCUGAACGGCAGCCUGCUCUGGUGGAUGAAGACGACGGCAACCAGAAGGCGCCUCGCCGGAGCAAGCGGGUUGCUUCCCUCGACGUGUUCCGAGGCCUCACCGUCGCUCUGAUGAUACUGGUGGACGGCGCGGGCGGCGAGUGGCCGGUCAUCGGGCACGCGCCGUGGGACGGCUGCAACCUCGCCGACUUCGUCAUGCCCUUCUUCCUCUUCAUCGUCGGCAUGGCCAUUCCCCUCUCCCUCAAGAGAAUUCCUGACCGUGGUCAAGCCAUCAGGAGAGUAGUCAUCAGGACACUGAAGCUGCUCUUUUGGGGGAUCCUGUUGCAAGGCGGUUACUCGCAUGCUCCGGAUAAACUGACAUAUGGAGUUGACAUGAAGCACGUAAGAUGGGGUGGAAUUCUCCAGAGGAUUGCUCUUGCAUACUUGGUAGCUGCAGUUCUAGAGAUUGUUACAAAAGAUGCAAAGAUUCAGGAUCAGUCAAGUUCAGGCUUCUCUAUCUUCAGAAUGUACCUUUCCCAAUGGAUUGUUGCAUGCUGCAUUCUAGUGGUCUACCUAUCUCUUGUUUAUGGAAUUUAUGUUCCUGACUGGGAAUUCAGAGUGCAAAAUGUUGACAGCCCAAACUACGGCAAAGUUUUAACAGUGACUUGUGGUACAAGGGGGAUAUUAAGCCCUCCUUGCAAUGCUGUUGGUUACAUUGACCGCAAAAUUCUUGGCAUCAAUCACUUGUACCAGAGACCGGCAUGGAGAAGGCACCAGGCCUGUACUGAUAGUUCCCCACAUGAGGGGCCUUUUAAGAACGAUGCCCCAGCAUGGUGUGUUGCGCCAUUCGAACCUGAAGGGAUACUAAGCUCAUUUUCUGCGGUAUUGAGUACGAUCAUUGGUGUGCACUACGGGCAUGUGCUUGUCCAUAUGAAGAGUCAUACAGAGAGGCUGAGGCAGUGGUUUACCAUGGGCAUAGCUCUUCUUGUUCUUGGAAUCAUUCUACAUUUCUCACAUGCAAUUCCACUUAAUAAACAACUCUACACAUUCAGUUACAUCUGCGUCACUGCCGGCGCUGCUGGAGUCGUGUUCUCCAUAUUCUACUUCCUGGUUGACAUCCUGAACCAUGGCUACGCGUUCGCGCCCCUGCGGUGGAUCGGGAUGAACGCGAUGCUGGUGUACGUGAUGGCCGCGGCGGGCAUCUUCGAGGGGUUCCUCAACGGGUGGUACUACGAGGGCACCAACAACACGCUGGUUUACUGGGUGAGGAAGCACGUGUUCGUGAAGGUAUGGCACUCCACCAGGGUCGGCAUCCUCCUCUACGUCCUCUUCGCGCAGAUCCUCUUCUGGGCCCUCGUCUCCGGCGUCCUCCACCGCGCCGGCCUCUACUGGAAGCUCUAAUUUAGUGUACAGACACGGUGCCUCCGUUUGUCCAAAUUUGUUUGAAAUCAGAUUUGAAUUGCAGUUUCGCAGGCCCUGAAUUUGACAGUAGCUGGUCAGUGUU